UGGAGAAAGCAGUAGAGAGGAAUGAAGACACAGUACAAAGGUUAGAGCUAAAUAUGGCUGAAUUGAAAAGCACCCCAGUAACUGUACACAGGAUUUGGUGACAUUUAACCUGCAGUGAACCACUGACAUUUUACUAGCAGUGCCUUCUGCUCAUCCACUGAAAAGUGAACCAAAAGGUGUCAUUAUCUAGAGGUUUAAGAGUUAAUUAAAUUCAUAUUAGCUGUUUUGAACAUUUAUGCACUUGUCAUAUUUGUCCAGUUUUUUUAACAGUGAUCAUUUGGUCCAUCAACGACAAUACAGUUAGUGUGUUUUCACACAGAACUCUCUGAUUGCAACAUGACACCCGCCAACACCAACAUACAGAAGGCGACAACAUUUCUUUUUCUGUUCUGAGGGGGUGGGGAGCGUGUGUGCCAUGUGAAAGGUGCAAGUGAGCCUCUGUUACAGCAGUUGUGCUGCUAGAGAAAUGAAAGAGACCAACGGCUACAAAGAACAUGGAAAUCAGGAAUGAACUGGAUUUUCUUUCUCUUGGAUGCAAGGAAUAAACGGAAGUUUUAGGCUGCGAGAAGAUAACGGGGUAGUGCAGAUUCCGGAUACAGAGGAGAGCUAGGCCUUGAAGGACACAGAGUGUAAGAAAAGGAAACUACUAAAGUAGCACAUGCCUUUUUAAUACCUGGAUUAAAUGCAACAAUAUAUGUGACUGCAAUUACAGAAGCAUAUCUUCAACAUACAUUACCAGAAAAGCGAUUCCAGUGAAUGAGAACACCCUUUUUCACUUGCAACACACUUGCACAGUUGCAUUGGUCAUUGGACAAGCUUACAUAAAUUGUGAAUUUUUGUAUCAUUUACAUCAGGACAAUUUUACUACUCCAACACACUGCAGCAGUCACUGAGGAGGUUGUGUUGGAUUCUGAAAGAAACUGGGCUUUAACAACAACCAAUCCAUAUUAUCUGUAAUUUGCUGGUAUAGUUAAGUAAACGAUACAAAUGUUUCUAAACUCUAUCCUUGUGGUCAUUACUGACCUGGCAGCUGGACUUCUUGGCAACGCAUCAUUUCGACGUCAUUUUCAUUUGUUGCUGUCAUCAUUGCUUUUGUUCGGGCCCCUCCUGAGCCUAUGGGUUUCCCAUUAUAGUAUCUUUGCAAAGAGGACUCACUUUCUCUACAGGGUGUUCCUGCGCUCAGGUUGGGGCUGGACCUGCAUCUUUGUUGGCUCUUUUGUCUUUGUCCUGUCUUUCUCAAUUCGUCGCUCUCUCACACUUUCCCUGCGACACCUUUCUCGGCUAGCUGUGGCAGGUGGUCUGUGGCUGGGCUUCCGCAAACUGCUUUGUCUGUUGGAAAAUGCCACUGGGAGCUGCUAUGAGCCCAUCAGUUCCACUCUUGAGUUGGCUUCAGGGACCAAUGGAGAUCAGCCUUUACUGCUUUUAAGAGAAGGUGAAACAAAGGAGGCAUGUGUCCGCUCUGGGAUGCUGUGGCGUGGCUAUGAAGUAUCUGAAGAUGCACUCCUACUGUGUUUGUGCUGCCUGCUUCUAGCUGAGGAGACUGCAGUGUUUGGGCCCUACCUGAACCUGGGUGGACCCUCUGGAGCCCCACUGCGCAUCCUUUUCCUGUUCUGCGUCCUGCUGUUGAGUCUUUGGGUGUUUCUGCUGCUCUGCCUGCUGGCUUACUUCCCACAGUUUCCUACUCAGCUUUUGGGAGGUGCCCUGGGUUGUUUGAGCUGGAGAGUAUUGUAUCAGGGCUGGUACAGACUUGGACCUAGUUGGUACUGCCCUGGGAGGCCAGGGGUGGGACUUUUGUCAACACAGAGCAAACAGGAAGAGACAUCUGAGACGCUGUGUGAAAGUAAUGCUAAAGAGAUCAACUAGAGAAGGCUUGAGCAAUUUGCUUGGUACAAUUUGGACUAACUAUUCAUAGUGGUGCUGCAGUAUACCAGUGGAGAACGCAGAAUAUCUGGCCAAAUCUCUAUCAAUACAAGAUGAAUGUCUAUUUGAUCAAAAUUGCUGGCCUUUAUACAUUAAUGCGUGCUUACUAAACCCCCAGUCAAAUUGAAUAACAUGGUCAAAAUGUAUUUUAAACAUGACCAUUAAAUAAAUUUUCAAUGUUGUUUAGAUUUUACUGACUUUCUUAAUGUUUUCUUUUGUGUUCCAUAGAGUAAAGAAUGCUUUACAGGUUUGGAACAUGGUUAAGUAAGUGAUGACAGAAUUUACAUUUUAGGGUGAACUGUGUAAGUUUAACGAUUUAAAAAUUAAUGAGGUUCAAGUUUCAAUAUAUUUGCCAACAGUUUGAUCAUUAAUGCAGCACUGAUUUCACACAUAAAACCAUGAUUACAGAAUAAAUUAAGACACAAAUGAGACAUCAUAUUGAUUUAUUAGAUUCUUCCUUGACAAUCUCAAUUUGUUUUUUUAUUUCAAAAAUAGUCACAGAAUUUCUAGAGAGCUCAGCCUUAAAUAAGAAACUUAAGAUUCAUUGAUGCCCAAACGCAUGUGUAAUUUAAGGACAGAAAAUUAAUUCUGGGUCAGUGUGGUAUAAAUAUUUAUGCAAUUCCGUCCCAUUUUGCAAAAAUCUCUAAACAUGAACCAUCUUUAGAACGAAGCUUUCACAAAUGAAAAAUCAUCAGUGGCCUUACAACAGACAAAAAAUUUGCUUAUUUGGACCACACAAGACCACAAAAAAAAGCAUGCUUCAAAUUUCUAAUGAAAAAGUUUAAUAAGGCAAGAGUAGGAAUAGUUCCUGGUUAAAAUUGACAAUAAUAUUGAAAAAGAUUCUUUUCAUACAUCUUAAAAAAAAAAAAAAAAAAAAAAAAAAAAAAAACCUG